GACUAGAGAGGACUUUGACUGGGCCAGCCAAUCGGGGCAGGGUCCCUUCAUAUCUGCCCCCUCCCCGUCUCCCUCACGUACGCACUUCUCCUGUCUCCUCCUCUCGCUUCCAUUAUCUGCUUCUCGCCGGCCUCUCCGGAAGCAGCUGGGAGCCAUGGUGCGGGCGAGUCUUUUCGCCGUGCACGACGCCGUAGCUAGUGGGCACGUCAGCCCCGUGGCCGUCGUGGUGCUCGCGGUGGCCGCGACAGUGGCCGUGGCGGCGAUCGCGGCGUUCGGGUGCGCGCAGGGCGCCAAGAAGCCGCCCAGGCAGAACAACAACGUCUCCUACUACGGACAGGGAUACCCGCCGCCUCCCGCGGGGGCGUACGGCUACCCGGCGCAGAAGCCGGCCCCCGGCUACGCGUACCCGCAGCAGCAGCAGACCGCCGGGAGGCCCGGCCGCAGCGGGCUCGGGUCCGGCGCGGCGGGUCUCGCCGUCGGCGCGGUCGGUGGGCUGGCCGCCGGCGCGGUCAUCGGCUCGGCGCUCAGCUCCGGCGGAGGGUGCGGAGGUGGUGGUUGCGGAGGCGGCGGGUGCGGUGGCGGUGGUUGCGGAGGCGGCGGGUGCGGUGGCGGUGGUUGUGGCGGCGGGUGCGGCGGUUGACCUCGUCGUUGUCUGUGGUGCUUGUAUUCACGCGAUUUUUAAUCCAAAAAUAUCCGUGUGAUGAGCAUCCGCUGUAUUAAGUUUGUUCACGAGAUUUUUAUAUCGUUUGAAUUGGAGUGGUGUACCUUUUAUUAUCAUGUAAUUAAAGUUCUGGUGAUGUCUGACCAAGUAUUAGAUUGUUUCCUCUUACUUUUCAACUCACGAUUCCUCUCACAAUAUUGUAAGAGAAAAUUAUUUCCUUAGCUUAAAAAAAGUUAUGCUUAGUUUCUUGGUA